AUGGACCAGUCUGCCUCUAGUCAGCAGCAAGAAUAUCAGUAUUUCAUGUCACAAACUGGUGAGGCAUGGGAUCCUGAAACAAGAUCGAAUCAAAAGUUAGCUACAGGCAACGCCUGCCUCCUACGAAUUACUAAAGAUUUACGAACCAUAUACAGUGAUCCGGCCCCGGGCAUCGUUGUAGCACCAGAUGAGGCGGACUUGACAAAAGUUCACGCAUUAAUUACUGGACCUUUUGACACACCUUAUGAAGGAGGUUUCUUCCUGUUCCUGAUCCGAUUUCCACCCGAAUACCCCUUGAAACCACCUCGAGUCAAGCUGAUGACGACCGGGAACGGAACCGUACGGUUCAAUCCAAACUUAUACAAGAAUGGAAAGGUUUGUCUCAGCAUCCUUGGCACUUGGACUGGACCCGAAUGGACACCGGCCCAAAGUCUGUGGUCCGUCCUGGUAUCUAUACAAUCGUUGAUGAACGACGAGCCCUAUUACAACGAACCCGGAUUUCGACAUGAGCAUAGCCCAGGGGAUUCAAAGCGCUACAACAACAUCAUUCAACACGAGACAAUCCGUUGCGCCGUGUGUGACGUACUCGAAGGUCGUUCGUGGUGUCCCCCGGACCUGUUGGGCGUUAUACAGUCUAGCUUUGAGGAGUACUACGAUCAAUACAUGGAGGUUUGUGAGAAGAACGCCCAACUCACGGGUCAGCCGAUGAACGAUCCGUUUGGUGAACAACGCGGCUCUUUCGACUUUGUCACACUGUCCCGUCGGUUGAAGGAUAUUCGAGCGAAACUGAAAAGGACGUCGAAUGCGGGAGGAGACGCUGGUUCAUCAGGACCGAAUGGUGCUGUAUGAGCCAUCACAAUACUCCAUCGUGAGCCUACCUAAUGCAUUCUGGUUGUUUUCAACUCAUAUAGUCGCACACAUGUUCACGGACAAACACAAUGCAGUGAUGCGCCGCCCGAAUCAGUCUCUUGUUUAGCCCCUUCGGCACAUGGUUGCUUUGCAGCAGCGCCGCCCUAUUACAUGCAUGCAAGUGCAUUUGAGAACUAUCUCUUUAUCCCGCGUGAAAUUUUCCUUGAGUGUUUUUCUCAUUCGCAUUCGUUUGAUUUCUGGUAAUAUAACACACACA